UGCUCCCUUUCAUGACCCUGGUUUCUGUACUGUCAUGUACUGUAUUAAAGCAAGUUUACGUGGGGUGUCAGAUGUGUGUUCUGUUUGAGUGGUUUUGAGUUAAAAGUUUAAAAUGUUGUUAUUAUUAUCUACCUGAAACACGUUUUUUCUUUUAAUCUAGAAACAUUUUUUUCUUUAAGUAAAAAAAAAUGUCGCGAUAAUAUCAAAUAUUAUACUCAUAAUAUGUUCAUCAUUAGAAUUGUGUGUGCGUGUUGUCAAACUUGAAUAAGUUCUUAGGUUAGAUACUAAUCCCUCAGCUCCCAAGGAAUUCGAUGACAAUUUUCGAAUACUGUCGAAAAUUUGAAAUUUAAUUGGUACUUUCUGAAUUUAAAAAUGAUAGAAAACUCAUCUCCCAUGUGUGGCAAAUUAUGUUCUGCAUUAUUGCUUGAACACUUUGGCCCCAUCGUGCAAAAGGUCGGACACGAUUUAUUUCGAAAUGGAGAGAAAUCCUUGAAUUUAACUCGUAGCACCACAAAUUUACCACUGGCAAAGGUAAAACACGCGUUAUGCGUCUUGAUAAGACAUGGAUUCGUAUCUUACGAACAAAACCUCAAAGGCAUUAUUAUGUACACUUUGAAUUCAGACAGGGUUCUUAUGCUUCUACGAUAUUCAAGGUACAUGUUCUUUGUAAAAACUAACUGUGGUGAUGAGGCCGAGAUGAUGUUCGAAGAAAUUUUAAAACAUGGUUAUGAAACGGCCUCCCAAGUAAUAAUCACUACUUACAAGAAAUUGAAAAGUAGACCUCCUGAAAGGCAGUCCACUGUGCCUGUUCUCAAAGAAAAGUUUGAACUUCUAGUCCAAAAUCAAUUUUUAAUGCGCAGCAUAGCCUCUGACAAACGUAGCGAAGACGGUCCACCUGAUUUCAAUCUACCAAAUCUCAAUUUGAAAGCACUAAUUCAAGUUACACAAAAUUUGCUAGGCAAUCCUGGCGAUAAUAAUAUUUACUGGAGGGUGAAUUUUGACAGACUCACUCAAGAUUUUCGGGAUCAACUUAUAAUAUCAUCAAUUUCGAAGAGAAUUGAUGACAAUGCAGGCGAAUUGAUGAGGCGGAUGCUGUACCAAAUGUAUUUGCGCACAGCUUCCUGGUCUGAUACUUCAAAUCCCAUUCCAUUUACAGAAUUGAGGGAAGUGGUGAGAAGACUUGAUAAUCCUGGUCCUGGACUUGUACAAUAUCUUGAGCAGUACUUAAAUCUUAUAGAAGAAGACCCCAGUAAAUUCAUAAGAAGAGUCGGUGACUCAAAUGGGGGCCAGUUUAGCAUAAAUAUGAAGGAAGCCUUUAAUCAAUUAGCAUGGACAACAUUAGAGAAUAUUGUGAUGGAAAAAUUCGGCUCGAAAGCUGCAAGAAUUUUUAGAUUAAUACGAGCGAAAAAAUACAUAGAACAGGAGGAUAUUCAGCAAGUGGCUAUGAUUUCAGCAAAGGAUACAAAGCAGCUUACUUACACCUUGCUCCAGGAAAAUUAUAUACAGUUGGAGGAAGUGAAAAAAGCAGGAGUAUCAGCUGCACCGUUAAAGACUUUCUUCUUGUUCCACAUUGACCUGGACAAAGUCGUAAGGAUGGAAAUCGAGCACUGCUACCAAGCUUUGUACAAUACUAUGCAGAAACGAGAGCAUGAAACUGUUACUAAUAAAAGGUUGAUCGACAAAGACUUAAGGAUUCAAGUCAUCACUAAAAAGUUGCAAGAUAUGGAAGGAUUUGAAGAUCGAUUAAGAGAAGUGGACGAGUUGAUGACUGAAGCCGAGAAGAUACAACUUCCAAAAGUGCAAAAUAUGAUUAAACAGUUAGGAGUUAGUGAACUACAAAUCGAUGACACCCUAUUUUUAUUGACAAUAUAUUUACGCUAUAAUCAAAAGAGUAAAUAGCCUUUAUACAAAUAGAAUGCUCAUUGUGAGUUAGGACGGAGAAUGAAUGAUUUUGGAUGAAGAAAAUAGUUCUGAAUCAUUUAUAUAGUUAUUUAUUUAUAGGUAAUAAUAAUGAGUACGCUUGUAAAAUACAAACAACAAAGAGUACCUAGCUUUUAAAUUAUUAUAAUAAAUAUAAUGAUAUAUCUAUGUUU